AGGUUUACUUGGUCAAAUCCCUUAUCUGUACCUUAUGGGUCUUGAGAAGCAGAAAAUCAUCGGUGUAGAAAAAGAUAUUGUGCAUAUUUUUGAUUUUGAGGUAGAUUUAUCCAGACGAUGUGUAGUGAGGUUUGGGAGCUAUGGGAGAGUUACUGGGUGUGGUUGCGGCCGACUGAAACUAGUUCUGCUUCACUAAAUAGACCGUUGAUGGACCACCUCCGCAUCAACAUCCGGGCAAAGGUUCAGUCUUCAUCCCGUGAGAUCCUAGCUACCGUGUGUUGUGGUGGGGCUAGCAGAGGGGUGUAUGGAUAUAUCAUUGACUAAACUGGAUGCCCAAACAUUCCCGAGGCCCAGACACGGGGAUUGUAUCAUCAUUACAGCUUUACGAUGGCAUCCCCGUCCAGCGCUGAAAGUGAGUGUGAAAGAUUUGAGCAGCAAGCGAAGCCAAAACUUCAGUGAGACCUGAGCGAUAUAGCAGAUGAGCGUCGGUCCAUGAAGGGAUCUAAGAAGUGGAAGACAAUCUCACCCUGUGAUAUAUAGCUUCAACCUAUCUUUUCCAAGUCCAAGAACCUUGAGAUGCACUAACAGACGCCAUCCUGUUCCAGCUUUUAAAUGACUUACCACUUGUCAUGGGGGCCCUGGGGGUGGAACGGCACACGCUGCUGCCUUCCGUGCAGACGGCGCUGGUUUCGUCCCAACACCCCGCCGGUGUCCCAUGUCAUGAAAGCUCAUGUGAGUGACUCACUGUGGCCAUGGCAAAAACCAAAGACCCCAAAAAGUCACUUGUGCAACAACCCAACGUCUGACAUUCCCAUACCUCCAAGGCGUACCUUUACGGCAACAGCCUCUCACUCACACCCAAGUACAGCUCAGUGUCACAAAGCCAGGUAACACUGUUUUCAUCUCUCCGAAAGCAGCUCAUGUCCUGGUAAAGACAAUUCAAACAACAGACAAGUACUACACAAUACGGAAAGGAAGUAAAGAAAGUGUGAAAGUUCCCAACAAGUCUGUCUGCAGUGCAACGUGUCCAAAUCACUAGGAAUCCACAAGAAGUGCCACACUUCCCAGUAGUCCCCGAAGUGGACCUUUCACUCUGCUGGGUUAAAAAUGCAUGUUUAAAGUCUAUUUUUGCCAGGAGCUGUGUCAAGAAAUCCACACACGCCGACGGGACAGAAUCUGCUCAAUGUUCUACAAAAAACAGCCAAGCUGGCUCUCCAUCAUUUAUGGCACGGUCACAUGACUGUGAUAACUCCUGACAUCAAGCCAAGUGGCGGCCCUUCAGACGGUGAAAGUGUGCUUAGGUCGGGCUACUCGAGUAACUCAAAGCGUACGUCACACGGCAGGAAUCGCAAGGCAAGAAUCAAGCUAAACUGGUCCAAAUACCGAUCCAGGAUGCGGACACGCUGUACUCUCUUCCCAGGAGGACGGAGAAUCGAACCAGCAGCCUUCAGGUUGGGAGAUGACCUCUCACCUUAGCUGUGCCACCCCCACAGACACUCCCUUGGUGGCUGAGCAUCAGGACCACCAUGGUAGAAUCCCGUCCAAGGCCUGUCCCUGUGCCUCACCUGGCCCAUGUGUUGGAGGCAACCCGACUUAAAGACACUUAAGAAUCUUAACCUCAGGAACCCUCUAAAUCCAGUUCCAAAAGCGGUGGCCCCACGGUGGAAGUGUUGCGGUAAAGGUCUGUGAGAUGCUGGCUGGCCAGUUUGGAGGCGUCAGCGUGGAGUCGUGCCGCAGAGGGAAGUCAUUGUUUAGUAACAACUUGCUAUCAUCAGGAUCAGCACUGUAAUGUGUGUGUGUGUGUGUGUGUGUGUGUGUGUGUGUGUGUGUGUGUGUGUGUGUGUGUGUGUGUGUGUGUGCGUGUGCGUGCAGGAGGAAAGGAGAUGAGACAAACAUACAAUUGUCCUAAGAAACACUGAAUGUUGUGGUAAACUCUCUGACAUGAAAUGAAGGAGACCAAUUCAAUCACAUGCUCUAUCUGCAGGAGAGGAAACAAGGUCACGUCACGUCCCAUUACCCGGAGAGGCCUUCCUCCUUUUAGUACUUUCCCCACAGCCUCCCGAGAGUGUCAGACGACAGGCCAUUAGAACCCCGCUGAAACACCACUGAUACUGUCAGAAGGAGGGCGGCGCCACAUUAAAGCUGGCUUGAUAGGGCGGGCGUCUAAAGCAGUACAUGGCCCUCCCCCCAAGUUUGGACACCCCUGGCCUCAGGCCCGACUCGUGGAAAGACGCUGAGGCUGAACGGGCUAAGCAAGUCUCGGUUCACUGGAGCCAAGACUGGUGGUUCUGGCAUCGUGGGUGAAUCCCAUCACACCAACAUGGACGCCCAUCUUAGGGAUGAGGAAACCAGGAGGAAUAAAAGCAGCCUUCAUUCCAUUCCCAGAUGGAAUCUAAAGCCACGAAGACAUCCAAAGGAACUGGGCCGCCUUGCACCUCCUUUCUCCCUUCUCUCCUUUGAAAGCCUGACAGGAGCACACGGAACAAUUUGGUGAUAGCAAAGAGACACAGGAGGAACAACCUGCAACGGUCUGCCGGGAGACGUUUGGACGGAAGCCAUGCCGGCUCUUCCCGCCACCCUGCUCCUCGUCGGCCUUCUUGGUGUCCAACGGGCGGAGUGCGGCGUCGCCGUGGACGCUUCGGCAGGCAAACACAGAGGAAGCCCUGCGGGAGGCACCCAAGCACCUGAAUCGCAGCCUGGAGAUCACCAUGACAACAGCUUUGGAUACAAAGGGUCUCGCCUUCGCCAGGAAGACUCCGCUCCCCGCAUCGUGGAGCACCCCUCCGACCUCAUUGUGUCCAAGGGGGAACCCGCCACUCUCAACUGUAAGGCAGAGGGCCGCCCGCCUCCCACGGUGGAAUGGUACAAGGACGGGGAGCGUGUCGAGACGGUCCGCGACAAUUCCCGCUCGCACCGCAUGCUGCUGCCCAGCGGGUCCCUCUUCUUCCUGCGCAUCGUCCACGGACGGAGGAGCAAGCCCGACGAUGGCAGCUACGUGUGCGUGGCCCGCAACUAUCUGGGCCAGGCAGUCAGCCACAACGCAUCGCUGGAAGUAGCCAUUUUACGUGACGACUUCAGACAAAACCCAGUUGACGUCAUGGUUGCCGUGGGCGAGCCUGCAGUGCUGGAGUGCCAGCCCCCCCGUGGUCAUCCUGAGCCCACCAUCUCCUGGAGGAAAAACGGUUUGACCAUAAAUGACCGAGAGGAACGCAUCACAAUCCGCAGCGGCAAGCUGAUGAUCACCAACACCAGGAAGAGCGACGCCGGGAAGUACAUCUGUGUCGGAACCAACAUGGUGGGGGAGAGAGAGAGUGAAAUCGCCGAGCUCACCGUGCUGGAGCGCCCGACCUUCCUAAAGCGGCCCAGCAGCGCUGUGGUGUUGGCGGACGGGCGUGUGGAGUUCCACUGUGCGGUUCAAGGAGAUCCUGUUCCUACCGUCCGCUGGAGGAAAGAGGAUUCUGACCUGCCGAAGGGAAGGUCGGAAAUCCUGGAGGACCACACCUUGAUUGUUCGCCAGGUGACCUCCUCAGAUGAGGGUUCCUACACCUGCGUGGUGGAGAACAUGGUUGGGAAGUCGGAAGCGUCUGCGACUCUCACUGUUCAUGUGCCACCAGCGUUUGCCUUGCGCCCCAAGAACCAGGUGGCAGCAGUAGGCAGGACGGUCACCUUCCAGUGUGAAGCCAGCGGGAACCCACAGCCUGCUAUCUUCUGGCAGAGGGAGGGCAGCGAGAGUCUGUUGUUCUCGGCACCGCAGCCCUUCAGCCGGGUGUCCGUCUCCCAGACGGGCAGUCUGACCAUCACCGAUGUUCAGCAUUCUGACGGCGGGCUCUACAGCUGCCAGGCUCUCAACAUCGCCGGCAGCGUUAUUACCAAAGCACUGCUGGAGGUUAUGGACCCGGGCUCGGAGCAGCUUCCCCCUGUAAUUAGACAGGGCCCUGUCAAUCAGACGGUUCCUGUGGACAGCACGGUGGCGUUGAGUUGCCAAGCGUCCGGCACGCCUCCUCCUACGGUCCUCUGGAAGAAGGACGGCGCAGUGCUGUCACCGACAGACUCUCGUUUGUCCAUAACAGACACUGGCUCGUUGGAGAUUCGCUACGCAAAGCUCGGAGAUACCGGCUUCUAUACUUGUGUUGCUUCCAGUCCCAAUGGAGAGGCAUCCUGGACAGCACACUUACAAGUGGAGGAGUUUGGGGUCAUUGUCCAGACCAGUGUACCUUCAGGCCCCAACAUGAUUCCUGGUGCCCCGACCAAACCGGACAUUACUGACAUCAGCCCCAAUUCUGUCACUCUGUCAUGGAAACCCAGCCCCAAUGGAGGUGCCCCACCCACGUCAUACGUCAUUGAGGCAUUCAGUCAUACGUUAGGAAGCAGAUGGGUGACGCUAGCUGACCACGUGAAGAUGCAGACCUUUGUCCUGAACAACUUGAAGGCUGGAACUGUCUACCUGUUUAUGGUCAGGGCGGUCAGUGAAUAUGGCCUCAGUGACCCCAGCACCAUCUCCGACUCAGUCCGAACACUCGACAGUACCUCCACUGUGCUGGGAACGGAUCCUCGUCACAUCCAGAGGGAGCUGUGGGAUGUGGUGAUCCAUCUAAACACACCCAUUGUCCUGUCCUCCUCUGCAGUGCGGGUGCACUGGUUGGUGGAGCAUCAGUCGCCGUACAUCCAAGGCUACAAGUUGCUGUACCGGCCCUCGGCUGAACACGGCCAGCCCGAGGGGCAGUGGAGUGUCCUGGAGGUCCGUGCCCCGCAGAAGGAAGGCGUGGUGGUCGGUCAGCUCAAGAGGGGCGCCAUCUAUGAGUUCAAAGUGCGUCCCUUUUUUGACGAGUUCCAGGGAGCCGACAGCGAGGUCAAGGUGAUCAGAACGCUGGAAGAAGCCCCCAGAGGAGCACCCCAGGGUGUGGCAGUAACAAAGAGGGAUGCCAAUGGCACUGAGGUCCUCAUAUCGUGGAAAGCACCGCCCAUCCCAGAUGAGGUCGGGGUCAUCCAGGAGUACAAGAUCUGGUGCCUGGGUAAUGAGACUCGCUAUCACGUCAACCAGUCCGUCGACGCCUCCACCUUCUCUUUGCUCAUUCCCGGUCUGGCACUGGGGAUUCGCUACGGAGUGGAGGUCGCCGCUAGCAACGGUGGCGGCCCUGGGGUCAAGAGUGAGGUCGUGUUCUUCCAGUUAGACUCUGCCGGCCACAUGAUGGAUCUGAGUGGAGAAAAGGACGCAUUGUCACACAUUUCUGACGUGGUCAAGCAACCGGCGUUUAUUGCGGGCAUUGGCGCCACCUGCUGGAUGGUCCUCAUGAUUUUCAGCGUGUGGCUGUACCGACACCGGAAGAAGAGAAGCGGCCUCAGCAGCACCUACACCGGCAUCCGGAAAGUGCCCUCCUUCACCUUCACGCCAGCAGUGGCGUAUCAAAGAGGGGAAUCUGCGUGCAACGCUGGGAGGCCUGGCCUCCUCGGCACGGGCGAGCCUCUGAACCAGCUGUGGCUGCCGGAUAAUUGGCCGAGCGCGUGCGCCAAUCACAAGGACUGCGGCAUCAACUGCUGCAACAACGCCAACGGCACCAGCGACAGUAACAUGACCACGUACAGCCGACCAGCUGACUGCAUCGCUAACUAUGGCAAGCACCCGGACACACGCGGCUCCGACGCGGCUAUUUACACCGACGUCAACCUCUCAGACAAGCUGAGUGACAUCAAGACGUCCAACCUGUGCUACACCAGUCCUGGGGGAGAGUCGUCAGACGCGUACGAGCCCAUCCCCUACGCCACCACCCAGCUCAUUCAGGCCAGCAUUGCAAACAAGACCCACGGCAUGGAUGUUCCCUGCUGGAACCAACCCCCGAACCCGCCCCCGCUGCCAAAAGAGAUGGCCGCUCAGAUGCAGUACAACAUCAUGGAGCAGAACCAGCUCAACCACGACCACGACGGCUCGGUCCACCACAAAAACUUCCCCUACCAGCACAGCCAGAGAGAUCACAGCACGGGCGGCAGCGGCGGCAGCGGCGGCACCUCGGGAAGUCAAAGUCAGAAGAAAGGCCUGCGAGCCGUGAAGACGCCAAAACACACGGCAGGAAGCUGGGGAGACGCUCUAGCCCCUCCUCAUGCCGUGGCCUGGAAUGGCGAUGAGUACAGCCUCCCCAUGGAGAAAAGUUUUGAUGCAGAGAAGAGAACAGAAAGCUGCCCGACUCCCCCAAUUAGAGGGGCGGCCUCCUCCCCCACCAAGGCGCCCUUUAGUCACCAAGCUAGCAGCACACAAGCGCGGGGGCUCAUGAGCAAUGGUGUGCAUGAUGGAAGCGACAACCUCAGCUCCAUACCCCCGUGCCUGGACACAGACGGACUCGACGAGGAUGCAGAGGAGGAGACAGCACUUCAUGACCACCGCCACCAUCGCCACCAAAGCCAACAGCACAAGCACAAGUUGCACCACAACUCCCCACACAAGCUGCUCCUCCACAGGCUGGAACAGACCCCCGCCUCCAGCACAGGGGAGCUGGACAGACCGGCCACAGGGUCCAUGGUGAACAGCUGGGGCUCGGCCUCCGAGGAUAACAUCUCCUCAGGCAGGUCCAGCAUUGUCAGCACCUCGGAAGGAUCUUUCUUCACAGAUGGAGAUUUCAACCAGGCGGAAGGUCUGCGUAUGUGCAGAUACCCGGAGGACUCAGGUCAGAGACGUCAGCGGCCGAGCAGUCCCAUGUCCACAGACAGCAAUAUGAGUCCUGCCAUCACACAGAGAAGACCCAGGAGGCAUAAACAGAGUCAAUGUGGGCAACAAGGCUACCAGCCCAGAGAUGUCUUCAAUGAUGAUUCUUUCAUGCCUCUGAAUUUCCCCAGUCAGAUGUCCCAAAGUAACUUUAAAGUCAGGGGGGCCACGUUGCCCCGGAUGGGGUCUGGAGAAGCCCGGGGCCGACGAGGCAGCACUGGGACUCACCGCGUCAAAGAGGCUCCAUUUGAAGAUGGUGAAAUCCAGGACAGUCACAAGAUCCUCGCAAGGGGAAAAGGAGGCAACAAAAGCAAACAGCACUCAGAAUUUGGGGAUGUUCUUCUGUACAGUCGUCCCUCUUUCCCAUCAGGUCCUGCUCACAGGGAACCGGACGAGUCGCAUGAGUCCAACUUUACAGCUUGUGAAGACACGAGCGCCAAGGAAGACUGUAUGGGAAUUGAUGAGUUCCUGAGAAGUUGAGAAUGGUUGAGACGGCAAACCGCCUACAGCUGCUUCACCUUUGGGAAAAAAAGACUAAAAGUGCUGCACAAGAAAUGCCGUCAUUUUUUUCUACAUCCGAUUUCUCACUCAAUGUUGGUUAAAAAAAGUGCUCACGUUGACGUCUGUGGACUGUUCCUGGGUCAGCGUGUGAAGCGGGCCCGAAGAAACGUGUGGCCUGAAGAUGGAAGAUGAAUGCACUCGUUCUGGCCGCUGGGAGUGUCUUAGAAAUAUUCGACAUGAUGACCGUUUCUCAUGUGUUCUUAAAUGCUUGUGUCAUUUCCAGACAUCUUGUAAAUUGUUUACUGCCACAGAAGUGCUUCAAAUUGAAAUUUGAUGUGACAGUGUUCAUGUUUGAUGAGUGGUGUACACCUUUGUCCUUGUAUCGUUUGUUCUACUUUGGUUAUAAAAGCACAAUCCCUUCUUUGUAUUAUUCUAAAUGUAUGGACUUCAUGCUGGUGUUGUGGAAAUCAUGUGACUUUAUCAUUUGACUUUACUCUGAGAACAUGAAUGUUGAUCUUGAUUGUGCAAACGGUUUCCGUGCAUUUUGAGCUGCUUUCAUUCCAAACGGCGAUAUGUUUUGUGUACUGAGAGAAUUGCAUGCACAUUUUCCUGUUGGAGAUAUUACUUAAACAUAUUUACUUUAACCUCCACCUGAGAUGAUGACAAUUAUCUUUUUUUGUUGCCCGCACUUUUUCAUCGACUCGCCUCGUCAUGUGACCUUGGCAACAACCUUGGAACUGGACGUGACAAACUGUCUUCAACUUUGCCCAUCAUCCACAAUCCUGAUAUGAGACAUCAACACAUGCCUUUCUCUUUUUUGUGAGUUCUAAAGAUAUAAAAACAGGUAAAAACAGGCAGCUAAUGAAUGGGAACUAUUCAAAGACCUCCAUCAAGGUUUUCUAUCCAUGCUGUGGGCGUGUAGUAACACCUACAUUGAUGAUAACAAGUUGUACUUGUAGUAAUUUAGUUAAUGAUGAACAGAAGGUUCCUUUCACGAUUGCGAUUUUUUGACAGACCUCCAGUUUGACCGUAGUUUGGUUGAAGCACGGUAACUCUGUAGCCCCAAGCUGGAACAAAUAUUGAUGGGAAAUGGAGAAAGAAAAGAGUAUUUAGAUUGGUAAAGUUAGCUUCAAAGCCCUGGCAGAUGGCUCUUGUAGCAAGACCAAAGUUAUUUGGAUCUACUGUUGCUGUGUUUGACUUAUCACGGAUUCCAUGGCCUGCCAGAGACUGGAGUAGUGCAGCUAUUAUUUUUAUUGUCAUAUACAGUGCUACCUUGGCAUAAGAGUGGCCCAACUAACCAGUGCUUUUCACAUUUUGGCAUUGAACUGCCAGCUGAAUUGGACUUCCGGCUGCUAUUGACUGCUAUUGUAUGUGAUGACGGUGGCUGAAGUCCAGUGUCUUGCUAGCGUUAGCCAUUUAGCAUGGAACUACCACAAUGAUGCACAUUAGCACUCGAACUCAUCAAAUAUGACCUUUAUGGGUUCCCACAUAAUAUCAGCAUUCGGGAGCAAGUAUGAGGUGAAAGAAAACGGGGGGAAAUACAUCCAAAUACAUCCAUACAGCCUUCUGGGCAUCGGAGAACGGUGGAUGCUGCGUUUAAUGACCGUCAACAAAGUAGGACAAAUCACAGCUCGCAUUAAACAUUCAAAAACUGUGGGAUUUCUAAUGAAUAGGUACAGUAUUGUAAUACAAUAAUAUUUACUUUCUAUGUAUUUUAAUGUGUUUUA